GUUCCCAUUCAUUGGAGCCGAGGUAUCAAAAUACUUUUAUUUUGAUAUAAUAUAUUCAAAAUAAAUAAUUUUAAAAUAUUUUAAGCGAAAAUAAAAAAAAAAAAUAAAGUUGAUAUUCUUAUUAAUUAAAUUUAUUUUUAAAUUAUUUAAUAGUUUUAAUAUUGUUAAGCUGGUUGUUCUCAUAACACUGGCUCCGCUAAGUUAGUUAAGACACUCGUCCGCCAAGCAAAACACGCGCAGAGGCAGAGGGAUCUGAGAAGCGAAGGAGGGAGAAAAGAAAUCUGAAUCGGCUAUUUUACAUUUCUAUGAGUCCACACCAAAACCACGAGUUUCAACAAUGGUGGAAAAAACAGCGCCAGUUUCUGGACCAAUCCGACGACGCUUUGCUCACCGUUGAGAUCCGCAGCCCUUCCACUCCCGAUACCACUGUCGAUAAAGGUCACACUCGUAGCGCCCGCCAGCUCUCCUGGCUUUGGCUUCUCAAAUUCCAGCAGCUCGCUAGCUCCCUCGCGUGGUUCACAAACGCCCUGUUUUAUCUCCUCCGCACCGCCAAUCGCAGGAUCGCUAGCUCCGACUCUCCUUCCGAUUCCUCCUCCUCGCGCUUGUAUAGAAUCAUUAGAGUGUUCUUGAUUCUCGUCAUUUUGUUACUCUGCUUUGAGUUAGUUGCUUAUUUUAAGGGAUGGCAUUUCAGCCCACCGUCGGUGGAGUCUGCCGAGGCCAUGGUGGAGAGAGUGUAUGCCACAUGGUUGGAAAUCAGAGCCAAUUACUUGGCGCCGCCGCUGCAGAGCUUGACCAAUGUGUGCAUUGUUUUGUUCUUGAUACAGUCGGUGGAUCGCGUGGUAUUGGUGUUGGGGUGUUUUUGGAUCAAGGUUAGAAAUUUGAAGCCUGUUGCAGCGGAGUAUGGAAAUGUGGAUGGGGAGAGUGUGGAGGAUUAUCCCAUGGUGUUGGUGCAGAUCCCUAUGUGCAAUGAGAGAGAGGUUUACCAACAAUCUAUUGCAGCUGUUUGUAUCCAGGACUGGCCAAAGGAGAGGAUGCUUAUACAGGUUUUAGAUGAUUCUGAUGAGUUAGAUGUUCAACUCCUUAUCAAGGCAGAAGUGCAAAAAUGGCAACAAAGGGGUGUGCACAUAUUGUAUAGACAUCGUCUUAUACGCACAGGCUACAAGGCAGGCAACCUCAAAUCUGCAAUGAGCUGUGAUUAUGUAAAAGAUUAUGAAUUUGUGGCAAUAUUUGAUGCAGAUUUUCAGCCAGCACCUGAUUUCUUGAAGAAAACUAUUCCUUACUUCAAGGGGAAUGAUGACCUAGCGUUGGUUCAAACAAGGUGGGCCUUUGUAAACAAGGAUGAGAACUUGCUAACAAGACUGCAGAAUGUGAACUUAUCAUUCCACUUUGAGGUUGAGCAACAAGUCAAUGGUGUCUUUAUAAACUUCUUUGGUUUUAAUGGAACUGCUGGUGUAUGGAGGACUAAAGCCCUUGAGGAAUGUGGUGGGUGGAUGGAACGGACAACUGUAGAAGACAUGGACAUUGCUGUUCGUGCUCACCUUUGUGGAUGGAAGUUUAUAUAUCUGAAUGAUGUUAAGUGCCUUUGUGAACUUCCGGAGUCCUACGAGGCUUACAAAAAACAGCAGCAUCGCUGGCAUUCAGGUCCAAUGCAGUUGUUCCGCUUGUGCUUCCUUGACAUACUUCGCUCAAAGGUGAGCUUGGGCAAGAAAGCUAAUUUGAUAUUUCUUUUUUUCCUACUACGAAAGCUUAUCCUACCUUUUUAUUCUUUCACUCUCUUCUGCAUCAUACUGCCACUUACCAUGUUCCUACCAGAAGCACAGUUACCAGCCUGGGUUGUUUGUUAUGUCCCUGGGAUCAUGUCUAUCUUGAAUAUACUUCCAGCACCACGAUCAUUCCCAUUUAUAGUCCCCUACCUAUUGUUUGAAAACACCAUGUCUGUGACCAAAUUCAAUGCCAUGAUAUCAGGAUUGUUUCGAUUUGGAAGUUCUUAUGAGUGGAUAGUUACAAAGAAGUUAGGGAGAUCUUCAGAGGCGGACUUAGUUGCCUUUGCUGAGAAGGAAUCAGAUUCUUUAGUAGAAACUAGUAGUCUACACAGGUCUUCAUCAGAUUCAGGUUUGAAUGAGCUGAACAAGCUAGAAAACAAGAAAGCAGUAAAAAAGAGAAGGAAUCGUUUGUACAGGAAGGAACUUGCUCUGGCAUUGAUAUUGUUAACGGCCUCGGUGAGAAGCUUGUUGUCUGCUCAUGGAAUUCACUUUUACUUCCUAUUAUUUCAAGGGAUCAGUUUCCUGGUUGUUGGUCUUGAUUUGAUUGGGGAACAGGUUAGUUAAGUACGAGAUUCCAAUAUUCAAGUAUUCUUGUUGCAAGUUAUGUUGAGGGAUUUGGCCUGCAUGCAGUGAUGCUGCAGUCGCCAUAUAUCAACGACGACUCUCCUUACAUACUUCCCAAAAGUUUGAAAAUCAGAGCCCUCACCAUUGGAACAUGUUCAUUUGGUUCUCAGCUCUGGAUUAAAGCAAAAUUUGAUUCAUUUGUGCUAUUUAUUCACUUAUUGGGUGACGGACCAUUGUGUCAUUGUUGUAGCGAAUAGAGCUCAAGUUGUCUAGGAAUGUUUGAUGCGAGAGAAAUGCCCGAAUUUGAUGCUGAACAUUUGAUUGAUUUUCUAUUCUUUCGCUCCGAUUUAUAGCAUAAAGAAGGUGUACGCAUGCCUAUGUCAAAAUGAGGCAUGCACAUGCACUAUUAGAUCAUUAAAUGUCAUUCUCAUUCUUUAAAUUCCGCUAUUUCAUGGAUUGUUUACAGGCCAAAUGUAAAACCCUAAUUAGUUGAGUGUUGAAAUCUCAGUUGAAUGUUCUAACA